AUGUUAUCUAAUAUCAAUUAGUGUCUCUUCGACAUUAUGCUUUACAACCCAUACUACUUUACUCAUGCACAAAUUCCAUACAAUUUCCUCUAGAAGCUCUACAUUUUCCAAUUUGCCAAUUAAGGUAUACUAUACCUCUCCUUUAUUCAAACAUCACUCUUAUUUGUUUCCCUUAAACUAUUACCUAAACCCAAAUACUGGGCAAGAAACAAGUUUUGGACUAUACUCCCCUAUUCACAAGGAGCACUUACACUUAUUUGGUUUUUCAAUCGCUACAUCAUUCCCAACGAAGGAUUUCAAUUCGUAUUUGGCAAAUAAAUUCAACACAUCUAAGAACAAAAUCUGCUAUAAAAACCUUUACUUUACAAUAGACAAUACAUAAUUAACAAGUUGAUGUGUUACAAUGAAGAUUAAUCCAAAACUACAUCUAAUAAAAAAUUAUCCCUCAAUUAAAAAUUAAAGGAUGCCAAUCAAAUCAUUAUAGAUAAAUCUCUUGACAAUUCUAAAGUCCGAUAAAUUUACUAGUUAGAAUUCGAUCAAUAAAUAUAUUCUGAUAUUCUACUCUAUAAAAGAGAUUUAUAAAGCUAUCAAUUGAGUCCUCCCUGA